AAGCCGCGCUCUCCCGGACUUUUGUGGGAGUGGGGGUUGCGUUGUGCGUGUGGUUUUUUUUAAGGGGGGUGGGGUGGGUUAGAAGAGAGUCUGUGGUUUCCAUGGAGAUGAAGCUGAAAGUGCAGGAAAUUUAAAGGCUUUGGGUCCUCGCGAAGCAGACAAACUGGUGCCAACGUGCGCGGCUGCCGUUGCUGCUGAGGAGGCGGCUUUGCGAGCGGCGGAGAGGAGCGGGGAGGAAGAGCCGGCGGCGACUGCUCGCACACGCACGGGCGGACGGCGAGGAGCGGCAGCGGAGAGCAGCAACAAAAAGAGGCGUCUGUCUCCUCGUCGCGGGGAACGCGAAAAGAAGCGGCGGCUGCGGCAGAAUUUGGAGCGGCUCCACCGGGAGAGCUUUUCUCCAGCGGCUCGCGAGGAGCGCAGCGCGUCUGCGGGGCCGGCUCUACCCGCGGCCGGGGGCUGCGUGCGGCGGUGCGGGAGCGGAGCGGAGCCCCGGCACGGACAGGCGGUCCGGGAUAUCCGCGUCCGAGUUUUCUGAUGCAUUUGCUCGCACCUUCUUCCCCCGCUGCUCGGUGAACCCAGCCCCCCUCCCCACCCCCCCCCCGGCGGUCUCCCAAGGAUGGAUCAUUCCCAGUGCCUUGUGACUAUAUACGCCGCGGCGGUGCUGCUGGGGCUCCGGCUGCAGCAGGGCUCCUGCCAGCACUACCUGCACAUCCGCCCGGCUCCCAGCGACAACCUGCCCCUGGUGGAUCUAAUCGAGCACCCGGACCCUAUCUUUGACCCCAAGGAGAAGGAUCUUAACGAGACCUUGCUAAGGAGCCUCAUGGGAGGACACUUCGACCCUAACUUUAUGGCUAUUUCCCUACCCGAGGACCGGCUCGGGGUAGACGAUCUGGCCGAGCUGGACUUGCUGCUGCGGCAGAGACCCUCGGGAGCGAUGCCCGGCGAAAUCAAGGGGCUGGAGUUCUACGACGGGCUGCAGCCGGGCAAGAAGCACCGGCUGAGCAAGAAGCUGCGCAGGAAGCUGCAGAUGUGGCUCUGGUCCCAGACCUUCUGCCCGGUCCUAUACACGUGGAACGAUCUCGGCAGCCGUUUUUGGCCCCGGUACGUCAAAGUGGGCAGCUGCUACAGUAAAAGGUCUUGCUCGGUCCCAGAAGGCAUGGUCUGCAAACCUGCCAAGUCCGUGCAUUUAACGAUCCUGAGGUGGCGGUGCCAGCGGCGGGGCGGGCAGCGCUGCACGUGGAUCCCCAUCCAGUACCCCAUCAUCGCCGAGUGCAAGUGCUCCUGUUAGGGCUCAGUGCCCGCAGGGCUGCCGGGGACCUUUGCUGCAACACAAAUAAGAGACACUGCUUUCUGGUUAACGUUGUAAUGCACUGUAAUGUGUAGGAGAAUGUAUAUUGUGUGUAUAUAUGGCACCGGUUUAAUAUACUAUUAAAAGGUCAGUAUUAUACGUGAAAUAAUCAGCGUCUACUGUAUUUUUAAGGCUAUUACCCUGAUCGUUGCUAAUGUAUCUUUUUUUUUUGUAUUUAUAUUCCGGAGAGGAAUUGCUUCGCUUUGGCGAAGUCGGUUUGUUGUUGUUGUUGUUGUUUUUUAAUAAAAGGAUUAAAAAAUACAAACCAAACUUUUUGAUAAGAAAACGUUUGCAAGCAAUUUUCCAUUCUUCGGAAAGCGUGUCGCUGCGUUUGAGUGGGUUUUUUUUUCUUCUUACGGACUUUAGGUUAAAAAGAAAACGCCUCGAGCACAAUGUUAUUGUAAAUAGAACGGUCCGAAUGACUUAAUUCUAUGUAAAUGAAGAGUAUCUGCUAUUUAUUCUUUAUACCCCUGUAGUAAAAGCGCAGAGCAGAAUUAAAGUCAACCACUAAAACA